AUGCUAUUGGUCAAAUCUGACGUCAAAUCUACCCUCCAAGGGGGAAAGAGGUAUAAAGAGAACAGGGAGGAAAGUUCCUCAUCCCCCAUUGAAAAGGGUGGAUGCUCCGACCAGACUACUGCCCAUCAGUUGGACGUUCGGGUGUUCUCACCGUCCCCGGCUGGGGGCGUGAGGUCGCGCGAUCCAGGCCGAUGCCUGUCUCGGCGGUAUCACUCGCUGCCUGCAAUAGCAGGCGAGGUCCUUGGAAUAGUCGGGCCUCUUGCGGGGCCCGAUGUGGUCAUGUCCUGUGCACUAGAAUUAGCAAGGAGUGCAGAUCCGAAUAAACCUGUGGCUGUCGAAGCUAUUGGAGGUAUAAGAGAGAGGAGGAGUUUCAAAUUGAAAUACCAGGGUGCCAUAGGAUGGAAGGCGGCGACAGGAACUUGGGUAUUCAAAUGCGGCAGCUCACUUAUCAGCUCCAAGUUCGUGUUAACAGCAGGUCAUUGCUCCAAAGCGUCCACAAGAGACACAUCUAUUGCUGACCCGGUGCCCAAGAUAGUGAGGCUGGGAGACAAAAAUAUUGCUGAUGUGUACUCUCACGGCGUGUUACCAACAGAUGCUAAGAUUAUCAAAAUUAUAGUUCAUCCAAAGUACGCGCCUCCGAAGAAAUACUAUGACAUCGCUUUGAUGGAGCUGGCGAAGGACGUGCAGUUCACCAAGUUUAUCCAACCAGAUUGUUUAUGGAACAACUUUAAUACUGCUGCUCUUGGAACAGAAGCCACUUUGACUGGAUGGGGUGUAGUAGAGACCAAUGGCCGAAAGACCUCGCCUGAGCUGCAAGAAGCAGUAGUAGACAUAAUAGACAGUGACACGUGCGACCGUCUACUGAGACCGUCCUGCAACAGGAACUGGUGUGGAGUCAGGGAAGACCAGCUUUGUGCUGGUAAACUCGAGGGAGGAGUUGAUGCUUGUCAGGGUGACUCCGGAGGACCUCUUCAAGUGCGGAUUCCCAUCCCAAUCACAUCAGAAGGUCUAAUGCACUAUGUGAUCGGUGUGACGUCAUUCGGCAUUGGAUGUGCACUGCCCAACCUGCCUGGAAUCUACACCAGAGUAUCCAGCUACUUGGACUGGAUCGAACCUAUUGUGUGGACUAAAUAA